GGGCUCAGCUGCAGCUCGGAGCAGAGCAAAGCAAAGCGGAGCAUCUCUUCCCUCUCCGGCAAUGGCGAUUGCGCUGCGAAGUCGCCUCUUCACCCUGCACUCCACCUCCCUUCUUCUUCUUCCACCGUCGCUCCGGCCAUCUCCGAACGCCCCGCUCUUCUCGCUCCCUCUCAGGAGCCCUCCUCUCUCGCACUCCGGCCUGAGCUUCCACGCCUCCGCUUCCAGGAACGCGAGCCCGCCGGCCUCGGCCUCGGACUCGGCCGGGAUCUUCCGGAAGGUGUUCUUCGUCCCGCCCGGGGUUGACCCGGCCGAGGUAUCCGAAGACAUGGUGCUCCCCGGGUCGAACAUCGUCGCCGGGCCCUACGCGGGUCACGCCCAGGUCAAGGAGGUGGAGUUCGUGAAGAGCAGCGGGAGGGCCAAGGACUGUCCCAAAGACGGGAGGCCCGAGUUUGCGAUUCUGGGUCGGUCGAAUGUGGGCAAGUCUUCGCUUAUCAAUGCUCUGGUGCGGAAGAAGGAAGUUGCGCUUACAUCCAAGAAACCAGGCAAGACUCAGCUUAUAAAUCACUUCUUGGUGAACAAGAGUUGGUAUAUUGUGGAUUUGCCGGGUUAUGGGUUUGCUAAGGCCCCGGGAUCUGUUCGAAUGGAUUGGUCAGCAUUUACAAAGGGCUACUUUUUGAACAGAGAUACGCUAGUUGCCGUCUUACUUCUUAUCGAUGCGAGUGUUCCUCCUCAAAAGAUUGACCUUGAUUGUGCAAAUUGGCUGGGACGCAACAAAAUACCUCUAACCUUCGUUUUCACAAAAUGCGACAAGAUGAAGGGAGGGAAGAGGCCUGAUGAGAACAUAAGGAGCUUCCAGGAAGUGAUUAGGGAAAGCUACCGGGAGCAUCCUCCGUGGAUCAUGACUAGCAGCGUCACCGGUUUAGGAAGAGACGAGCUUCUCUUGCACAUGUCCCAGCUCAGGAACUACUGGGACCAAUAGAAGGGACGAAGCACUUCCAUAUAAUACCCUCAUAAAGUUGAGUUCAACUCUCAUUUGCAGGCCUUGGCUAUUAUCCGCAUUCUUGAGAUAACAAUUGAAUUUGUACCUCUCAGUGUGUAUAGACAACACAUGUACAGAAUAAGAUGUUUUCUAUAAUUUUAAACCUCCUUUUUAUGGUA